AUGUCGAAACUGAAAGAUUUUACCCUCAUGACGGCACAAAGACGGUUAGCUCAACUAUCUGGCAAUAUGAUCAUGCCUCAAACGAAAGACUUUGACGUGGAUGUUGUCAUUGUGGGUGCUGGAUUUUCAGGAAUUUCGACUCUACACUACCUUCGCGAUGAAUUGAACUUGAAUGUCAAAAUCAUAGACUCUGCCUCGGAUAUUGGAGGAACGUGGUACUGGAACGCAUACCCUGGAGCUCGUGUGGACUGCCCUGUGCCAACCUAUGCAUUCGACGCAGAAGAGAUAUGGAAGGACUGGGACUGGUCUGAGAUGUAUCCCAGUCGGGCAGAGCUCGGGGCUUACUUCGCUCAUGUGGAUCGGGUUUGGUCAAUUCGAAAAGACUGUAUAUUCAACACAGAAGUCAAUGGAGCCACCUUUAAUGGUGAGAGAUGGACUUUAAAAACAAAUAAUGACACGACAAUCAAGGCAAAAUAUUUUAUCCCGGCUGUUGGAUUUGCUAGCGAGCAGUACAUACCACCCUGGAAAGGGAUGGAAACGUUUCAAGGCGAGAUUCACCAUCCAUGGUCCUGGCCUCGUGAGGGAGUCAACGUGAAAGGAAAACGCGUCGCGGUCAUUGGCACCGGGUCUACAGGAGUUCAAAUCAUCCAAGAAUGGACAAAGGAAGCAGCCGAGACAUUCGUGUUCCAACGUACACCGAAUAUAGCCAUACCUAUGCGCCCAAAGAAGCUGGAUAGACAAGCACAGGAAAGGAUAAAAGAGGACACGCCUGACUUGUUCGCCGCUUGUCAAACCACGCCUGGAGGACUUCCUUGGGGAAAGCAUGACAAGAAUUUCGAUGAUUACUCGGCCGAGGAGAUUGAGGAAAUUCUCAGUAACCUAUAUUAUACUGGUGGAUUCCGAUACUGGUCUGGUGGGUAUGGCGAUUUAGGAACCAACCCAGUAGCGAACCGCGCAGCAUACGACUUCUGGGCCAAAAAGACUCGUCCGCGUAUCAAAGAUCCAGUGAAACGUGAUUUAUUGGCACCGCUGGAGCCACCUCAUCCAUUUGGCACGAAGCGCCCAUCUCUGGAACAAGAUUAUUAUGAGCAAAUGGACAAGCCUAACGUCCAUCUUGUCAACACAAAAGCGCAUCCAAUAGUCGCAUUAACCCCGAACGGUAUCAUGACCGAUGACGGCACUAUAUACGAAGUGGACGCAAUUGCGCUCGCCACGGGAUACAAUGCGAGUACGGGUAGCCUCAACCGAAUGGGAAUCAAAGACGUGAAUGGUGUGAAUAUCAGCGAGCGCUGGAAAAACGGUGUCUCGACCUUCCUCGGAAUGAUGGUCCCAGGGUUUCCAAACAUGUUCUUUCCAUACGGCGUUCAAGCACCGACUCCAUUCACCAAUGGGCCUCGUUUUAUUGCUUUCCAAGCCAGUUAUAUUCGCGACGUUGUGAAGAAGAUGGAAGCCAAUGAAGUUCGAUCUCUGGAGCCAAAUCCCAAGGCGGCAGAGGCUUGGACGGGUCUUAUUCAUGCGAUUGCGAACAUGACGCUUGUGUCAAAGGCUGACUCGUGGUAUAUGGGUUCCAAUAUUCCUGGGAAACCGAGAGAGUGCUUGUACUUUCUUGGUGGAAUACCGGCUUACUGUAAUUUGUGCCAUGAAGCUCUUGAUAGCAAGUUUGAGGAUUCUUUCAUCUGCAGUUGA